GCCCCCUCCGCGGUCCAGCCUCGGAACCUGGGCGCCCUCCUGCCCGGAAAGUUUGGGGCUAGGCGCCAUGGCCAAGAGCAGCUCCCUGAAUGUCCGCGUGGUGGAGGGCCGGGCGCUGCCCGCCAAGGACGUGUCUGGGAGCAGUGACCCCUACUGCAUAGUGAAGGUGGACGACGAAGUGGUGGCCAGGACAGCGACCGUCUGGCGGAGCCUGAGCCCCUUCUGGGGGGAGGAGUACACCGUGCACCUGCCCCUGGACUUCCACCAGCUGGCCUUCUACGUGCUGGACGAGGAUACGGUGGGGCACGACGACGUCAUCGGCAAGGUGUCGCUGAGCAGGGACGAGAUUGCAGCCGACCCCCGAGGGAUUGAUAGCUGGAUCAACCUGAGCCGCGUGGACCCGGAUGCGGAGGUGCAGGGGGAGAUCUGCCUGGCCGUGCAGAUGCUGGAGGAUGUGCUGGGCCGCUGUCUUCGCUGUCACGUGCUCCAGGCCAGGGACCUGGCCCCCCGAGACAUCUCCGGCACGUCUGACCCAUUCGCACGCGUGUUUUGGGGCAGCCAGAGCUUGGAGACUGCGACCAUCAAGAGGACUCGCUUCCCGCGCUGGGACGAGGUGCUGGAGCUGCGGGAGACGCCCGGGGCCCCGUCCCCGCUGCGGGUGGAGCUCUGGGACUGGGACAUGGUGGGCAAGAAUGACUUCUUGGGCAUGGUGGAGUUCCCCCCGCAGGUCCUGCAGCAGAACCCGCCCAAUGGCUGGUUCCGCCUGCUGCCCUUCCCCAGAGCCGACGAGGAUUCUGGGGGCAGCCUGGGCGCCCUGCGGCUGAAGGUGCGCCUCCUGGAGGACCGCGUCCUGCCCUCCCCGUGCUACCGGCCGCUCACGGCGCUGCUCGUGGAGUCCGUGCUGGGCCCGGCGGAGGAGGAUGCCGCCAGCCCCCUGGCCGUGCUGGAGGAGCUGGCCUCCGGGGACUGCCGCCAGGACCUCGCCACCAAGCUGGUGAAGCUGUUUCUCGGCCGGGGCCUGGCCGGGCCCUUCCUGGACUAUCUCACCCGGCGUGAGGUGGCGCGGACCACCGACCCCAACACCCUCUUCCGUUCUAACUCCCUGGCAUCGAAGUCAAUGGAACAGUUUAUGAAGCUCGUGGGCAUGCCCUACUUGCACGCGGUCCUGAGGCCGGUGGUGCACCGCGUCUUCGAGGAGAAGAAGUACAUGGAGCUGGACCCCUGCAAGAUGGACCUGAGCCGCGCCAGGAGAAUCUCCUUCAAGGGCGCGCCCUCGGAGGAGCACGUGCGCGAGGCCAGCCUGGGGCUGCUGACCGGCUACCUGGGGCCCAUCGUGGACGCCAUCGUGGGCUCCGUGGGGCGCUGCCCGCCUGCCAUGCGCCUCGCCUUCAAGGAGCUGCGCCGGCGCGUGGAGCAGCGCUUCCCCCAGGCGGAGCACGAGGACGUGAAGUACCUGGCCAUCAGCGGAUUUCUCUUCCUGCGGUUCUUUGCGCCUGCCAUCCUCACCCCGAAGCUGUUUGACCUCCGGGACCAGCACGCAGACCCCCAGACCAGCCGCUCGCUGCUGCUGCUUGCCAAGGCUGUGCAGAGCAUCGGAAACCUGGGCCAGCAGCUGGGCCAGGGCAAGGAGCUGUGGAUGGCCCCCCUGCACCCCUUCCUGCUGCAGAGCAUCUCGCGCGUGAGGGACUUCCUGGACCAGCUGGUGGACGUGGAUGAGGAGGAGGAGGCUGGGGGCCCCGCCAGGGCCCUGGUCCCGCCCUCGGUGAUUGUUCGAGAAGGCUACCUGCUGAAGCGCAAGGACGAGCCCGGCAGCCUGGCCACGCGCUUCGCCUUCAAGAAGCGCUACUUCCGGCUCAGCGGGGAGACCCUCUCCUACUCCAAGGGUCCUGAGUGGCAGACGCGCUCCUCCAUCCCGGUGUCGCACAUCCGCGCCGUGGAGCGCGUGGACGAGGGCGCCUUCCAGCUGCCGCACGUGAUGCAAGUGGUGACGCGGGACGGCGCGGGGGCUCUGCGCACCACCUACCUCCAGUGCAAGAGCGUGAACGAGCUCAGCCAGUGGCUGUCGGCCCUGCGCAAGGCCAGCGCGCCCAACCCGGACAAGCUGGCCGCCUGCCACCCCGGGGCCUUCCGCGGCGCGCGCUGGACCUGCUGCCUCCGGGCGGAGCGCUCAGCCACCGGCUGCAGCCGCACGCACUCGGCCGUCACCCUGGGGGACUGGAGUGACCCGCUGGACCCGGAUGCUGAGACGCAGAUGGUGUAUCGGCAGCUGCUCCUGGGCCGGGACCAGCUCAGGAUGAAAUUCCUGGAGAAUUCUAACGUGGAUACCACCCCGGAGGCAGACACAGGGAAGGGCUCCAGUGCCGUGGAAGGGGCUGGUCCUGAUGCCCUGGCCCGGCAGAGAGAGGCAGCCGCCCGCCUGCUGGAGGUCCUCGAAGAUCUGGACCGAGCCCACGAGGAGUUCCGGCAGCAGGAGCAGGGGAAGGCGGCCCCCGGCCCCCUCGGGCCCUGAGGAGAUCCCAGAGCCAGCUUGGCAGGAGGAGUAAGGAGCUGUUGGGCUUUUCUCAGCGUACCCUGGUCCGGGAGUGCCCUGUGGCUGUCCUGUACCUCGCUGAUGCUGUGGCUUGGAGGCUUCUGGAAAUAUCCUCAUCCCAUGUGCCCUAAGCCCGGAACCCGGCGCAUGGAAGCCCUUCAGCAGGGGGUCAGCCUUGCACUGAAUGAGUCUCGCUCUCUGGGUUGAGGCAGACUGGAGUGGAUGGGAUGAGGAACCUAACUCAUUGGUCUCUGCUUCACCGGACUGGCCUCUGCCCACACCAAUGAGGCCAGCCUGGCCCUGAGCUGCUGGAUACAGCUGUACCUGAAUCCCCGAUGCCCAUGUGGUCUUAUUGCCCCAGACGAGCACUAAACGGGCUUAGCCCUUCCUGUUUUCGUGUCUGCCAGUCCCUGUGACCUCACUGAUCCUCCCGAACCCUGCCCUUGGCCGAGGGUCCUAACCACAAGUUUCCAGAAUCAGGUGCCCUCAGGAAGAACUGAGGCUGGGAGCCCAGUGUGCCAGACUCAGAUCCUUGGAGCCUGGGAGGCCUUGGGUCAGACUCUUUUCUCCUCUUUAGGCCUCAGUUUACCCUGUAUAAAAUGAGGAGGGAGUGA